CCGGCCGCCCCAUUGGUUUCUUCCCGGAAGCAUACGCCUGCAUUUCCUCUCGAGGAAGGAGGCGGCGGAAGCAGCCAACAAGCCUUCCCGCGCAGUUCCGGAGGCGGGCUUAGCAGCCGGACGUUGCUAGGUUCAGAUCCCAUUUUGAAGGAAAUAAGCAGCAGCACCUGAGGCAGUUCUCCAGAUCCUCCGGACACAGCCUUUGACUUGGCAAUCGGCAUCCCUGUGCAGAAUGGGCACCAAGCUGCAAGAGCAGAACCUGGAGACCUCCCAGGCCGACCCCGGGGAGGAAAAGGAUCCAACUAGCAGCCUCUCAGUUGAGCAUGAAGACUUGGAUGGCGGUGAGCCCGAAGGGGCUAGUGAACGCUCAGGCGGAGUGGCUGACCGCUCAGAGAUGCCACAGCAAGCCGCCGAGCAGCGUCCGGCAGCCAGCUUGCAGGUCAAACCAGAGGAGCUGCCGAAAGCAGAGGCAUCCUUGGCACCUCCCCCUGCAGAGGUUGCUGCUCCGGUGCCGGUGCCCCCCUUGGGAGAAGGGAAAGGGUCCAAGCGGAUGAUGGAGGACGAUGGCGAUGCCUUUAAAGAGAUGCCCGACGUCUGCCAGGAAGCGAGAGAGCCCGGGAGGGCCAUGCUCCUGCCCGAUCUCUUUGGGGAGGCCCAGGAGGCCCACAGCAGCCUGGCCGCUGGCCGGGUCGGUGGCUGCGCGAAGGUGGAGCAGGCCAUCCCGUGCCACUCCAACAUGGGUUCGGAGAACCAGCGCAAACGCUUCCGGGGCUUUGCCUACAAAGAGACUGAAGGCCCCCAGGUGGCCUACGAGCGGCUCCAGGAGCUGCUCUUCCAGUGGCUGAAGCCGGAGGCCCGCAGUAAGGAGGAGAUCGUUGAGCAGCUGGUGCUGGAGCAGUUUCUCAACCUCCUCCCCGAAGACGUCCAGCGCUGGGUCCGGGAGCGCCACCCCGAAAACGGGGAUGAGGCCGUGGCCCUGGCAGAAGACUACCAGUUCCUGCACCCGGAGCCUGGAAGGCGGCCCUUCCCCGAGGGGAGGGCAAGGCAGAGGGCUUCGGCACGGAGUUGGCUCCGCUGAAGCUCCCCGAGUCGGCAGACAGGACUGGUUAUCGAGUGAGAGAAUCAAAGACCUAGUUAUCUACCAAGCCAGAGAGAAUCCUAGCUGAGCAAGAACAAGCCAGAAACCACCAUGCAUAUUACUCGGCAUGAGAAGACCAUAACACAACUCUUCACUCCAAGACCUACCUAUUCUUGGAGGGACCUUAUGCUUCAUCCGCCAUAUGUAUAUAUUAAGGGGUGGCGAAGGGGAUUGCCUGCCCCAGGGCUACUCAACUGCAGCCCUCCAUCUGUUUGGACUACAACUCCCAGCAUCCUCAGCCACAAUGGCCAGUAGCCGGGGAUGAUGUGAGUUGUAGGCCGACAUCUGCAGGAAGGCUGAAGUUGCGUGGCCCUGGCCUAGCCUGUGUUGGGUCGUUGCUACAUCCUCCACUGGGAUGCUCCUAUGUGGCACAGGGAUAGGUUGGAGCAAGGACACAGCAUGUUGGGCAGAGGGCUUGUGAUGAGACACUUGGGAAACUGGAAGAGCGCGGCAUGUAUGUGUAGUAGAGCAUUCUGAAAGGUCGCAAAAGGGAGGAGCCUCCUGGUGGUCUUGUGUGUGAAAGAGAACAAGUUAUGUGUGAGCCGGCCCAAUUUGAACUCUGAACCGGGCCGGUUCGAAUCCAGUUCUGGUUCGAACCGGGCCGGUUCGAAUCCAGUUCUGGUUUGAACCGGGCCGGUUCGCACACCCCACAGCCUGCUGCAGGCAUCUGAACCAGCUUUCUAGGGUGCCCUGCUGUGAAUUAUUCCACUCACCCACAUAGGUAUGUAAGCAAGUCGGCCUUAUCCUGCCCAUCUUCUUGUGUGCGACGGCCAAGAUCAGGGCUGCACAACUUGGUCUCUCCAACUGGUUUUGGACUACAACUCCUAUCAUCCCUAGUUGCAGUGGCCAAUAGGGAUGUUGGGACCUGUAGUCCUACAUCUGCCAGAGGGACGAAGUUAUGCAGUCCUGGCCAAGAUCAUGGUGGCAUCCGUGUUUCCCCUUGCAUUAUUGCGGUUACCCCCACCUCUGUAGAGGGCUGUCUGACCUGCAGUUUCUGGGGUGGGAGAAUUAAUGCACAGGGUGGGGAAAGACCCUGGAAGUCUCUCGUUUGCCCCUCCAAAACACUCCGGCUGAGCAUUGACCACUGGGCUCCUGCCCUCGGGCAGUUUUUUCACUGCACCCUUCGGCUCCGCCAACAGAAUGGAGAAAAUUAUUUUUACUUCCAAAUAAUACUUGGUGCUUUGUAGCACGACGCUUCAUUCAAGGGCUGACCCUUGAAUGAGGGAGGAGGAAAUCGGCUUGGCUGAGCCCCUCUGCCAAAGCAAGGGCUGGCCUGCAAGUGGCCGCCAUCCCAACCUGUCAGCUUCAAAGGGGAAACGCUCCGGGCAAACAGCCAGCGCCUUCUGGCUGCCGCAGCGUCUCCCCUCCCCGACGCUGGUGCUUUCCUUCCCACUGCUUCGCUGCGAUCCAAAGCAGAGCCCGGCAGACUGGGAGCGCGGUGAGGCGGGGGGGAAGGAAAGCAGCAGCGGCGGGGAAGAGAAAUGUGGUGGCCAGAAGCAGCUGGCUGUUUGCCCGGAGUGUUUCCCCUCUGCCGCCGGGUGCCAGGGAGGGAAGCAGCAGCUUGUCGGGCCGGAUUGCUGAGCUCCGCGGGCCGGCCGUUUGACGAGCCCAUCUUAGGCCCCCUGCCUCCCACGUGGUCCUGCCCGAUCAUUGGCAUGGGGAAGCGUCUUGUCCAUUUUGCACUCAAGACGUACAAAGCCAGCUGAGAGUGCCGUGAUGCGCCCGAGAACAGCCUGUGAUGGGUACCCCACUGUAACAACUGAUAUCCCAAUCUGCAGUGUUUCCCCUCAUUGCCAGCUCCCGUUUUAUAGUUGGUGGUCAAUGCCUCUGAGGGGAUUUGGCCCUGACAGUGCUUUCUUCGUGCGUGGUUGUGAUUGAAGAGGCAGUUGCUGGCUCAGCAUUGGCAUGCCUUCAUGUGGGUUUUCAUUUCGGGCACGACUGGGACCCACUUCCAGAUGCUGGGCUACAACUCCCAUAAUCCCUGACUAUUGGCUACUCUGGCUGGGGAUGAUGGGAGUUGUAGUCUGGCAAAAGGGCCAAAGUUGGGCAGCCCUGGUUUAAGGGCUGCUUUGAGGGAUGGGAUGGGAAGGAAAAAGAAUCAUGUUACCACCACCACCACAGGUUUAUAUUAGAGGCUUCAGAUACAAGCUGAGUGUUUUUCUCCUUGUGGAAACUAAGUUUUUAAAUCUCUCCAAUGUCCUGACAUGAUGUAGCUUCCGCUUUUGACUUGUAUCCGAGGGCUGGCUUUGAAGCCCUGCUUUAUAUUUGUGUAAACUUCUGGUGCGUGUAUCCGUGGAUGAGCCCAUGGAAUAAAGGGUCUUUGCCCAACAAGAA